UGUUUCGACGCAUAAAAGGCAACCCAAAUGUGGCGAUCAGUGAAUUGCAUCAAACCUAUGGACCGAUGCUUACAAUAUGGAUGGGUUGGACACCAAUGGUAUACAUAAGUGACUAUAAUUUAGUCAAAACGGCGUUUACUGCGAAAGACAACGCUUUGAUGGGAAGAGUGAGAAGUGGUUUCGCUUUGGCACAGAUCGGCAAACAUCAGGACAUACUUCAGACAGACUACGGGUCCGUUUGGGCCAGUCUUAGACGGGUCUCACACUCGGCGGUCAGAAAAGUGGCCGUAAGUGAAAAACUACACGAAUUAGUGGCCGAUGUGGUCGACUCGAGCGCACAGACCAUGAAAAGGACUCACCCAUUGGGCGCACCCUUUGAUCCCAAGUGCUAUCUCUAUCACUCGGUUAUGGCUAUACUCGCGUCCACUGCUUUCGGGAAGCGAUAUCAAUUAGACGAUAAAGAGUUGGCAUUUUAUGGCGAAAGCCUUGAGUUCAUGCAAAGCCGGACGAGUCUAUUGGCGGCCAUCGAUCGCAUACCACUCUUACGACUGAUCCCAAAAUACGGCAAUUAUGAGCGCAAAGUGUUUGAAACGGCCAGAGAUGUGACCAAUAGUUGUAAACAACAAUAUAUGGCUCACCGGAAGACCCAUUCCUCGGGAGUCGUCAAUGACUUCUGCGACGCUCUCAUUGAGGCUAAAGAAAAGGCCAUUGAAAGUGAUGGCAGGGAUGGCAAAGAUAGUAGGGAUGGCGGGGAUAACGCGGAGGCUUUUAAUGAUGAUAACCUUUCACUUGUUAUUAAGAAUUUGUUCGCAGCGGGAACCGACACAACACAGUAUACUCUGCAAUGGAUUGUAUUAUUGAUGGCAAACAACACUGAAAUGCAGAUUCAGAUGAGGGAUGAGAUCGAGUCUGUGAUCGGCGAUAGAGUGGCCACAAGUGAUGACAAAAAUAGUUGUCAUUUUGUAAACGCAUUCAUCGCCGAAACUAUGCGAUACAGAGGCGUAGCGCCAAUUGCUGUCACCCAUCGAGCCAUGACUGACACCACUAUUGAUAAAUAUUGCAUUGAAAAGAACACUUUGAUUAUCAGUAACUUAUGGGCCAUUCAUAUGGACCCAAACGUGUGGCCAAACCCAGAUGUGUUUGACCCGAAAAGGUUUGUGACCAGAGAUGGCUCAUUCCGGGCCAAAAUGCCGGGCUUUGCGCCCUUCGGUAUCGGCCGUCGGGUCUGUUUGGGCGAAAAGCUGGCGCUCGCGGACCUCUUCCUCAUAACUGUGCGUCUCUUGCAGUCGACCAAUGAGUGUGUGUUUGCUUUGCCGGCGGGCGACGGGUCCGCACUAGAGUGA